GUGUAGUUGGUGAAACACUAAUUGGAAAUUAAUUUGAAAUAUGUUGAGUGUUAGCCAUUUGAGCCAUUAACUCGCAUGUGCAUAUAAGCUUUGUCAAAAAUGUGCGAGCGGCUUAAACGAUCGCUGGCGCUAAAGGUGUUGAAGUGUUGAAGAGUCGAUCUCGAAAAAUUAAACAUAAAUAAAAUUGAUUGCAAAGGAAAUACAAUAUAAAAAGCGAUGAAUUACUUUUCGAGUAUUCUAUGCUUGUUUUCAUUUCUCCAACUUCUCCGCCUCAAUAUUGGUGAACCAUUAUUUGGCAAUGAAAAUGUACACAUUAAAGUACAUGUACCUGAAGAAAUAUCACAUAGUGUUCACGAAACAGUAAUUUAUGAGCCCGCUAAAAAAAUUACUCAUCAUCAUUAUCAUCAACAACACCGAAAAUAUCCACGGAAAUCAGCACGAACACAAAUACGACAUAAUCAACAUGAUAAUUUGCUGGAGGAUGUCUUAUUAGCUGACUUUAAAACACCAACUGAUAAUACACAUUUUGAAUAUGAGAAACCUAAUGAUGAUAUAAAUGAGUCUUUCACCCAACUCACAGAAAGUUUUAGUAGUGACUAUGGUAAGGCGGCAUAUAAAAGACCAGUAAAAUAUAUAAACACCUAUAAAGUGAUCGAAUAUAAGGAACCAAUUAAAAGCAAAAUUGUAUACCCACAACAACAUCAACACAAACGCCAACAUAAACCUAAAACACACAACGAACUACAUCAAUUUUUUGAGUCGAAAUAUCUACCAGCAUCUGAAGGCGGAGCCGAUAGCACAGAUCUUCAUCAUUACCCAAUCAAAACACAAACAAAGUCUACAAAACCGCACAGCCACACGAAAUUGAUUAAAUAUCAAGAAAAAGUGAAGGAUUACCACAGCUAUAAGCCUGCCCAAAAUAUAGAACUGCCUUAUUACUCGCAUAACGGUGAUCCAAGCUCACAAGAUGAUUUUGAGCUGAACACGAAUAUUUAUUUGUUGCCGCCAUACGAUAUUCCGGCAUUGUCAGCGGAUCAUACAGACACAGCGGCAGAUGAUUUGUUAACUCCCAAAGAAACUCUCAGUUUGCCCAUUAAAGAGGCAGCAGACUUUCAUGGCCCAUUUCAGUCUCAUGCCUCUAAUAAUGGAGAUCUUAAGCCCUUCAUUGGCGACAUGUACCUACCUGUUGGGGAAGAAAGCUACAUGACACAUGCAGCAGCUGAGACUUACACGGGCAUCGAUAGCUAUUCUGCAAGUCAUGUGCAAGGCCUGGACUUUCUUAGCAAUUCACCCUAUCGUCGCUGGAGUUCGUUUAUUUAAUUAGUUCUAAUUAUAUGUACCUGUGUAAAUGUAUAUAUAGACCACGCUAACUUAAGUGUGUAUAAGUGUUAAAUGUAUGUUAAUUUAUUUAUAGAAGCAUGUAUGUACCUUUCAGGCAUACGUAAAUAGAUUUGAAAUUAUAUAUAAUAUAUAGUAUAUGUGUAAGCUAUGUAGCUAGAAAGUGUCUUAAGUCGAUUAGCUAAAUAAGCGCAUAAAAUCGAUACGCAUAAUAAAAAUAAUAAAAAAAUAGUAUAACGACAACAAUAAAAGCCGAUAAUAUGUAAUGUCUGUUGUAUUUGGCCGCCGGCGUCGCUUGUUAACACUUAAAGGGUUUCUUUGUACUGUGGAUUUCAAUUACCACUUUAGUAGUUAUCGAUUGAAUAAA